UAAUUUAUCAUUAAAGAACAAGUAAAAAUACAAUGCUCAGUGGCAAGAGGCUUACAAUACGCAAUAGCUGUCGGGAUAAUCAUCCGGCGUAGCAGAGAAGACGACACUCUCCGUCCUUAACCUCUUUUCCCGAGCGCCAAACUGGGAAAAAGCCAACGCGAACGGGGGAAAAAGCCCACCAAAAUCUACCUCAUCGCUUCCCCACUGCCACUCCCAUGGCGCCGCCGCCGGGGAUCGUUGAGGUGCGGUGCGCGGGCGGCGGGGAGACGCUGGAGGUGGAGCCGGGCCUUACUGAAUUCGCCUGCCCCGACUGCGGGACCCAACAGGCGCUCCCGCCGGAGCUCAUGCCGCGGCGCCCCCGCCGUGCGCUCCCGAUACCCGGGCGGCUGCCCGCCGCGCCGUCCCGCAUCGCGUGCUGGGGAUGCGACGCCGUUCUAAGCGUGCCGCACCCGCACGGUCAGGGGCGGUUCGCCUGCCCGCUCUGCGGCUCCGAGCUUGCGGCCUCCACGGCUGCUGCCGUUUCGGUCGUCUCGCCGCCCGCAGCCAUCCCAAUCACUCCCAGCAGACCGCUACAGCCCUCUGAGGUGCAUCCUGGGCGUUCAAGUCAAUCAACUCAUGUAGGCCACGUUCAAAAGCCCAUUCACUCGGAGCAGACACAUGGACAGCGUCCAAGACAUUCCAUUAGAGGAGCCAUUUACUUCAUCCAGAGCUGACACUGGAACAGAAAUUCCUGUAGUGGGAAGGCUACAAAAUGAGCCUGCUAACCCUUCAUCACAUAGAGAGGAGUCACAUGUUGAGCCACUUGAUGAGACUAUUUCCAGACCCAGCAAGAAGAAAUCUAGAUUUGUAGCUGGCCCUGAUUCUUAUCCUGCAAGGAAGGUGCAUAUAGAGCAUCAUAAUCAAGCUGUGUAUGCAUCAGAGGCACAAAGAGUUCAUUCAAAGUCUUCAGUUCAUACAGACAAGGUGGACGAUAGGUUUACCAAUGGCACAGUUGCAGUACACAGCAAGCAGAAAGAUGGAAAUGUGUUUGUACCUAGUAUAAUCGAACAGGAGCGGACAAAGUCUCUGAAUCAAGCUGUGGAUGAUCAGCAGCCGGCAGGUGAAAUUCCCAAUAAUAUGGUUCAUGCAGACAAGGUGCAAGUGGAUUUUGCCAGUGAAGCAGGAAACGGUAAAAAGAGUGCCAAAGAUAGUAGAGGAAAUACAAAAAGGAAAAUCAAGAUUUUAACGAAUUCUUCAAAUGCAUUGCCUCAUCUCAGGCGCAGUAAGCGGUUGGUAAAGGAAUCACACAACCUAGUUGACGUUGAUCCUAUUGAGAAAAUAGAUACUUCCCCUAAUCAAAACCUAUCUGAAGCUCCAGAGAUUGAAAAAACUUUGGCAGAUUCUGACCCUAGUUCUCCUGCUCAGGACCGAUUUCCUCAUGGUGGCUCUAAUGAGCGGGAUGGUGUUGAUGCAACUACACCACCUGCUUUGAAUCAUGGUACACAACAAGAUGAUCAGUUCCCGCGUACCCAGAUGUACUCUCCAGAGACUAGGUGGGCACUUCCAGUUGCAAGCUCAAAUUCAUGGCAUGACUGUGAGAUACUUCAGGAGAGUUUUAGUGGGGUUGGCCAACUUGAUAGAGGUUAUGCAGAAGUGUGUUCUCCAGCAGAGAUGCAAAAUCAGGAUAUGCAUGGCAACUGGCACAGGAAACUUGCAGCGACAAGAACCAUUUGGGACAGAUACAACUCAAGCCUCACAAUGAAACCUUUCAGAGCAUGGAAGGCAAAAAAGGAAUGGUUUCAAUGGCUCUUCUUCAAAUGGUGGGAUGCACCCUGAAGAGUGGUCCUUCUCUGAAACCUGCCACCAGAACUUGUCUGCUUCAUGCAGCCGCCUCGUUGCUUUGCUGCCAUCACCGGCUGCCACUGCAUUGCCGACAACGACACCGCCUUCUUCACGUGAAAGUCUCCUGCACUUUCAAAGCCACGCAGCUGUAUCUAUUGAAACCUCUCUAUCAUUAACAUUUGCUUCUUAACCUUGCAGAUCUACCACUUAACUGCAGCACUCCAACAUUGCUUCAACAACAACCACCAUCCCCCCUCUACUCACAGGAUGCACCAUGUGGUGAUGUGCUGCCGGGACCUAUUAGUAACUCUUCGAAAAAGCGCCGGGGGCGUGCCCCUGAAAAAUUAAUGGAACCACACAAAGAAGCUGAUAGGCCUGUGUUAACACCCAGUGGUACGACAGCUGGAAUGUGCACCCGCCAUGUCCUAAAGUUGCAACUACCCUCUCCCUUCUCAUCAAGCAGAACUAUCCUGGGAUCUAUGUAUCAGAUGAUACCAGUGGAAAUGGCCAAUCCUGUGAACAUGUGGUUUACCACUGGCACCAAUGCCCACCAGAUACAAGGGCUACUAUAUUGGAUGAAUUCCUUGUGAGUAACUAUCAGGACAUGUUUUGUACUAUAUUUUGUUCACUGCAAGAUUUGCAAAUGGUGAGUGCAUGUUAUCUGAAUACUGCUGAAAUGCUACAAGUGGUCCCCUGGCCAUGAAGAGGAGUGUCAAAAGAUAUUUAACCGAAAGGCAGUCAGACAGUUAGUUAAUCUCUUUUGCCACGAGAGGCAAAGGAUUAGACAGGUGUUAGCAGCAAAAAAGGACAAGAAAUCUUCACCAGCUCCUAGGGCCCGUGGAGAAAUGGAGCUAGAAGAGGAUGAUGUUAGAGAAGAUUCAGACAAAGAGCAACGAGAUGAGUCAAUGGUGGUUCUCGAGCAUGAAGAUCCGCUGAAAUGGAAACCAUUCGUCCCUCUAUGGAUGAAACCAAAAUGAUGGGAAAUGUUGUGUGACCACUGGGCCAAAGAUGAAGUCAUGCAGUCUUACCAACAAAGG